AUGCGAGUUCGGAUGCGCAGCGCCGGCGGCAUCAGCACCGGCGUUUCUCAUGGCGUCACCGCCGAUCCAUCCGAUCCAGCUGGCCUCCUGCAGACUGAGCGACGGCCUGGGCCGCCCCUUCACCGACCAGACGCUGCUAUGCGCCUGCUCAUCGUCUGGCACUCCAGGACUGGCAUGGCAAGGCAAAUGGCGGAGGCCCUUCUACGUGGCGCAGUGAGAGCGACACAAGACAUGGAGGCCAGCGAGAAUGACUUAGUGGUUGACAUUCGUCGUGCUCAGGAUGCACAGGUGCAUGACCUUUUGUCUGCUCAAGGCUUCUUGUUCUGCGCGCCAGAGAAUCUCGCUUCAAUGUCAGGGGAGAUGAAGGAAUUCUUUGAUCGCUGCUAUUACGGUGCAUUGGGCCGAUUGAACGGCCGGCCUGUCGCAUUGGCAAUAUGCGGGGGCUCAGAUGGGGAAGGCGCAUCGAAACAGAUGGCGCGCAUCUGCCAAGGCUGGCGUCUCAAGAGUUUGACAGCCCCUUUGAUUCUCAGAAGUGGAGCGCAAACUCCUGAAGCAGUGGCUGCAGCAAAGACCUUAGACAGCAUUGGGGUGGGAAAGUGCAUGGAUUUAGGUGGUCUCAUGGCAGCUCAUCUGUUACUUGGAGUGCCAUGA